AUGCGUGCCGGUGCGUCGAAAUUAGGCGAUGGUGGGGAAAUUUUUCUCGCCGGUGGUCGAGGUUUGCAGAAAGGCGGCAAUGUCCUGCUUCAAACCGGCGGCGCUUUAGCAAAAUCUGGAAACUUUUCUCUAAGCACGGCAGGCCUCAAACACGGUGAAACUACAGAUGGUACUCUGGGUCCCCAGACGGGAAGCAUCUGUGUAAAUACAGGGCAGGCAUUUUGUGGAAAGUCCGGGGAUAUCUCACUGGCGACCGGUCACGCACCAUGUGGUGCAGCCGGUGCAAUAGAGCUAAAAGUUGGCCUGGGCGCCUCUGGCGGGGGUGACGUCAAUAUUAGUGCUGGAAGUAAUGGCGACUAUGCAGCAGUGGGUGGCUCGAUCCAAUUUUCAGCUGGUGAUGGUUCCGUGGGUGGUAGUGUGAUAAUGCGCGGAGGCAUCGGUACGGCUCGCCGUGGUGGUGGAUUUCUUCUCGAUUCUGGCACCGCCAGAGGGGGGAAUAGCGGCGGUAUAUUGGUGGGCACGGGCGCGGCCACUCAGGGGCAGGGAGGAUGGGUCACGGUCGCAGUCGGCAGUGGGACCAGUGGUAGUGGGGGCGAGUUGACGCUCCGCUCAGGUCGCGGUACGACAUCGACGGGAGGUACAAUCAUUGUUGCGAGCGGUGAAGGCUCGGCCACGUCGAGUGGUAGCAUAUACUUUUCCACCCCGAAUGCGGGGGUCGCUGGAUCAAGUGGUUUCCUUCUUUUCAGCUCUGGUAUCGCACUCGGUGGAAACAGUGGCAUGUUGUCGUUUGGUUCGGGCGCUUCUACCGGUGGUCGGGGAGGCGCUAUUGGCAUUACUGUGGGAAGUGGCACAAGUGGCGAUGGGGGGAUUGUUAGUAUCCUAUCAGGGCGUAGUACUGUUGCCACUGGCGGAUGUGUGGAAGUCACGACGGGCGAGGGGACAGCCACAAGUAGUGGGACUCUCAACAUUGUGACGGCGAAUGCCGGUGCGAGUGGCGCUAGCGGUCGACUUAUCUUUUCCUCAGGCACGUCAAGCUACGGAAAUACGGGU